AUGUUUUUUUUUUUAAAAAUUUUUUUUUGUUUUUUUGGUAAAAAUGAUAUUUUUUAUUUGGAUAGUUUUGAUAUAAAUUCAAUAGGAAUUCUUUAUAAAAUUUCAAAAUUUACUUAUUCCUUGCUUUAUUUAAUUUUUAUAUAUUUUUAUAAAAAAUUUUAUAUUGAUAUUUUUUUUUUAAAAAAAAAAAUUAACCCCCCUUUAAAUUGGAACAAAAUUUUUAGUUCCAAUUUAAAGGGGGGGGGGGGGAGUGAGUACUCUUCGUUUCCUCAUAUAUAAUCUAAUGCAUCCUUUUUACUUAGCAGCUGCAUAGGAGGGUGAUCAUUUGAAUUGCUCAUACAAUAUUUUAUUUUAUGUCUUUUUAUAUAA